AUGCCAAGACGGUGGGAAGAUAUCGGGGCUUCAAAGCGCAAGAAGCUCCUUGAAUCUAUCCCAAAGGAAUGGCUUAUCCCAGAAGAUAUCAAGCCUCCAGAUUCUCAACUGAAUGUCGUCGACUUUCCAGAGAGGUCAGGAUGGUUUACCAAGAAGGAGCUUGAAAUCACCAACACUUCGGCGACAGACCUAGUGCGAAAGCUGGCGAAGGGUGAAUGGAGCUCAGAAGAAGUGACGCUGGCGUUCUGUAAGAGAGCGUCAGUGGCUCACCAGCUGGUUAAUUGUCUGUCGGAAACGAUGUUCGAUUUCGCGCUCGAGACAGCCAGGUCCCGUGACAAACACCUCAGACAGACGGGCAAGCCCAUCGGGCCUCUACACGGCCUGCCAGUAUCCAUAAAAGAUUGCUUUGACCUUGUCGGUGUCGACUCAAGCAUCGGAUUUAGCUCGCGUGUCGACAAGCCUGCAAAACACAACGCCGCGGUGGUCGACAUUAUGCUAAAUGCCGGCGCAGUGCUGUAUGUGAAGACGAAUGUGCCGACAGCCAUGAUGAUGCUCGAGACAGUGAACAAUGUGACUGGGCGGACGCUGAAUCCGUUGAAUCGCGACCUUACACCCGGUGGGUCAUCCGGGGGUGAGAGUGCCCUCAUCGCUUUCGCUGGCUCACCGCUCGGCAUUGGCGGUGACGUCGCGGGCAGCCUCCGCAUCCCUGCGGCUUGUACGGGAAUCUUCACACUGAAGCCCAGCGCUGGCCGGUUCCCAAUAAUAGGGUGCGCGUCUGGGCUUCCCGGGCAGGAGGCCGUUCAGGCUGUGACUGGGCCUUUGGCACGGUCGCUGCAAGACUGCUUUUUGUUUUCCGAGGCCGUGGCUGCUGCAGAACCGUGGAAACUGGACACCAAGACUUUACCCAUCCCAUGGCAUGCGGUGGAACACAAGAGGAAGCUGAAGUUGGGCGUCAUGUGGACCGAUGGCAUCGUGACGCCGACACCGCCAAUCCGACGCGCUCUAGAACAGACGGUGACGAAGCUUGAGGCUGCUGGGCAUGAGAUCUUGGACUGGCAGCCCGAGGGGCACCUGAAGGGUCUGCAGCUGUUUCGUCAGAUAAUCUCUGCCGAUGGCGGGAAGAGUCUGAGGAAAGACCUGGAGCCCACUCAAGAGCCAUUUCGUCCAGAACAGCAGCUCUGGGAGAACGCCUCGGAGCUUGGUGUAUACGAACUUUGGCAGAUCCACCAGGGGCGUGACGAUCUGUGUCAGCAGUACUUCAAUCGUUGGACUGCAGCUGGUAUUGACGGAAUUCUAUGCCCGACAACGCCUUAUGCGUCAGUCGGACAUGGCGGCUUGAGGUACCUUGGGUAUACCGCAAUUUUCAACCUCCUCGACUACUCGUCCAUCAGCUUCCCAUGCGGACUUGCCGCGAACAAAGAUCUGGACAGGGCACCUACAGAUUACACUCCACUCAACGACUUUGACACACAAGUGCAAGGCUCUUACAACGCGGAUUCUGUGGACGGCAUGCCCUUGAGCCUGCAGAUUGUGGCCCAAAAACUGGAAGACGAAAAGGUUUUCACCAUGGCACGAACUAUCUUGGAGGUCCUGAGACCUCGACCCACAAGCUUUAUCUGA